GCGAUUCCUUCGACCUCCCCCCAACCCCCCAAGUCGGAGGGCGUCCCCGUCCACUCCCCAAGUCCCAGCGCAUCGAGACGUCCCGCGCCCGUGCGCCACAUCACCGCACCCCCGAAACGUUAGGUAAUAACCCAAGUUCUUGAUCAACAUGUCGCGGGAGGAGAAUGUUUACAUGGCCAAGUUGGCUGAAUAGGCAGAACGGUAUGAGGAGAUGGUUGAGUACAUGGAGAAGGUGGCUAAGACCAUGGAUGUAGAAGAGCUCACCGUUGAGGAGCGUAACCUCCUAUCUGUUGCCUACAAGAAUGUCAUUGGGGCUCGCCGUGCCUCAUGGCGCAUUGUCUCCUCCAUUGAGCAGAAGGAGGAGUCCCGUAAGAACGAGGAACAUGUUGCUCAGAUCAAGGAAUACCGUGGCAAGAUUGAGGCUGAAUUGAGCAAUAUCUGUGAUGGUAUCCUGAAGCUGCUUGACUCGCACCUUGUGCCUUCCUCCACUGCUGCAGAGUCAAAGGUGUUUUACCUCAAGAUGAAGGGUGAUUAUCACAGGUACCUUGCUGAGUUUAAGACUGGCACCGAGAGGAAGGAAUCUGCGGAGAGCACAAUGGUGGCUUAUAAGGCAGCUCAGGAUAUUGCAUUGGCUGAAUUGGCUCCUACCCAUCCCAUCAGGCUUGGACUCGCACUUAACUUCUCAGUGUUCUAUUAUGAGAUUCUGAACUCUCCAGACAAAGCUUGCAACCUUGCAAAGCAGGCAUUUGAUGAGGCAAUCUCAGAGUUGGACACCCUUGGAGAGGAGUCAUACAAAGAUAGCACCUUGAUCAUGCAGCUCCUGAGAGACAACUUGACCCUCUGGACCUCCGACCUCACGGACGAUGGUGCCGAGGAGGGCAAAGAAGCCCCGAAGGGGGACGCUGGUGAGGGUCAGUAGCCUGGUAAACCUUGAUGGAUGGUUUGGCAUGUUUUUCAAGCCUGUGUUGGAUGCCCUGUGCUGCGCCCCUCCAUGGAUUCCCUGAUUCCGAGCUUCAAGCCUCCUUCGUCCUUCCCCUCUCACCUCUGCUCCAUUUCAUGUACUACUAGGCUGGUAGUGGUCGGAUUAGUCCCAUUGCAUUAGUUGGCACUGGGUCCAUUUGGACUGAUGCUAUUGAAGUCGUCUUCUCACGUUUUUGCUGUGGCAAGUAGUUGCCAUUGUGUUCUGUUUUGCGUUCCUUCUUUCAAUCGUUCGGUGCUCGUUUAGCAUU